GCCAGAAGCAGGUUCUUCGUACAGAUGCCGUAGGUCGGCUUGUCGACCACCGCCCGGGGCCAAAGCAACACGUCUAGAGGCUGCACGUGCCACGCCCAAUUUUCAUCCAUUCUGUUGGUUGGGUGCCCUGCGCCUUGCGCGGGGCAACGGGUGCCUCGAAAAAAAACCCAGCAGGCGAUCGAGGUGGACGAGGGCUAUGAUGUCUCAGUCUACAGCACACCUAUUUUUUUGAAGUCCGCAAGGGACCCAGCUUCAGCACCGGCGCGCAGGCUUCCUUCUCCAAGAGCAACGAGAACGCAGGCGAUCGAGGUGGACAAACAUGUCUGCCAUGUCCAAGAUGCCCUCUCUUCGCGUCCAGUUCCCAUGUGCGGGAGAUCGCGUCGACGAGGUUCGGCAUUCCUACGAUGCGCCCGGAAAAUCUCGAGCGAGCCGGACCGUACCAAUCCGAUGACAUCAAGGAGCAAACGACCACUCACACCGGCCUGGACACCACCAUCUUCACGACCAGCGGUGGCGGCGACACCAGCAGCUGCAAGGGCGAGCGACGGCAUCUACAACACCACCUCCAGCUCACCUGCGAGGUACUGAGGGGAAGGCGUCAUCCUCGAGAGCCCCAACACUGGGGAUAAGGUGGUAACCGCCGGGGAACGCAUCGUCAUCGAGAAAACCCGAGCAAGAAAAAGAGGGACUGGGUCAAAAAUGAAGCUGGGAGAACCCAAAGUCGGUGAAGAAGAUAUUCCGACGUAUAGGCGGCCUUGAUCGUACCCGAGCUUCUUCUUGACCAGGUCCGCCUUUUUCUUGCUGGAGUUGGUUUUCUCGAUGACGACACGUUCCCCGACGGUCACCAGGUCGGGAAGUUGAACAAAGACAACAACAACACCAAAUAUUGACCACAGCAGACACACGGACAUGGGCUUCUCAACCACGCACUCACUCCACUCGGUGGGGAAAAAAUUCGAGGAUAGGCUGGAGGGCUCGUUUGUCUGGGGUGGAUCGUGGAGUGAAGAUCGGUCAUCGCCGUUCCUUCGGGAUGAUUUCUCUUCCCACUGAUUUCUUGUCUCGAUGUAUUCCGGUAAGCAUCGUCAUUUGUGCGCCACCAACUGUAGUGAAAGAAGAACACCGCGGGUGAUGUUAGGUACGCCACCGAGUGUUGCUUCAGUCCAAUUGUUAUCAAUUCUCCAACAGCGAGCGAGCACCGGUCGUUGUGGUUCAGCUGUGACUUGCAUGCUAUUAGCUGUUGGCAGGCGCGCACAAUAAAAUAUCUGGCCUAAUUCGCGUUGGGGGCCCGUGGGGGAGGGCAGGUUUCACGGUGCGUAUACGGGGGAAAUUAUGAAUGUUCGUGUGUAGCGAGUCGUGGAGAGUGUAAGAGGCUCACUGUCUGGUUUGCUAUGCGAGCGUGGGACGCCGCUUGCGCGUUGUUACCGUGGCUACGGCAUGGAAACGAUUUCUCUCAUUAUCAUGUAACGUUUUGUUUGGAAGAGGCCACUACGUUUGUGCUUGCAAUGCUUUGCAGUUUUUAGCGUUGCCAAAUAUAGCAACCAGGAAAAGCUGCGCCACUCGAGUUUGUGCUCUUGAGUGCGCCAACCAUUGUAGUGUUUUUCCCUCUCCCCAUACCUAUUUUUCGCGGAGUAGUCUCACAGUUCGAUCCAUGACUAUUUAAGUUCAACGAGGCGUGCUUCGGUGGACCAAAGGUUAGUGUCGAGAAAGAUAUGGAUGGCGUUACGGACACUCGUUCUGCUAUUAUACAAGGUUCAUAGAGGAGGCGAACUGUAGAGCGACCUUAACCAAACUGUAGACUCUAAACGUUUUAGUAGUAUGGUCUGCUUGCCGCAGGUUAGGCGGUGGGGAUUUUUGCAAAGAGCCUAGUCCCGUUAUGCUAUGCAACAGUGGAGUGGAGGUGUUCCUUGAUGAUGCACAAAAUGCUUUUGCUUGUGAAUUUUUGCCCGAUGGCAAACGGUACUAUAUCUUGUACACCCUUUCAGAUGAU